AAACGACUCAGCUUCACUACUUCCGGUGCAAGCUUCAUCUGGGUCCAGGGUUUUGGGUCCGCUACCGACGGCAUUGGCGUCUCUCCCUCUCUCUCUCUCGAUCGCUGAGAUGGAUGGGGAUCUGCAAAAAUCUUGGCAACUGGGGUAUCCUGCCAAUGGUGGUGAUGCAAAGUAUGUCUCUGGGCUUAGUACUAUAUUGGUUGCUACCAUUCAAGAAGCGAAAGACAGAAUUUCUCAGAUAGAGUAUAUUUUCUGCAGCCAGCUCUUUCCAACUUUCCAAUCAAAAUCAAAAAGCCUGCAGCAAAUAUAUUCUGAUGCCAGGAAAGCUGCAGAAGAUACAUGGAAGGAUAAGGAAAAUGAUCUCCUACACCAAAUAGAAAAGCUUCACCUCGAAAAGGAGCAACUCCUUGUAGAAAACCAGUCUCUGAAAUUAGAGAACGCAAAGUUUGUGAAUACUGAAGUGCAGGAGCUCCAACGAGAGCUACUCCAGAAGUCCAAGGAAGUGGAUGAGGGAAUGGAAGUACAAAAGGAAUUCCUUAAAUUGUUACAGUCAAAGGAAGCUUUGAUAGUUACAACAGAGAGACAAUUGAAAGCGCAGGAAAAGAAGACAAAUGAGCUUCUUGUCAAACUUGAAAGUUUAGAGAACAAAUAUGAUAAGGUCCAGGAGCAGCUCUGUGAAAAGACUGAAGAAGUUGACAGAAGUAAGGAGUUGCAAGACAACCUGCUCAAAAAGAUUGAUUUACAGGCCUCAAAUAUGGCAAAUACUGAACAUCUCUUAAAUGAUUAUGAAAAGGAAAAAAGUAUACUCACUGCUAAAUUACAAGGCUUGGAGGAUAAUGUUGAUUUCCUCCAGAAGGAACUCAGGAAGAAAAUUGAAGAAGCAAAGGAUGGACAAAAAGUGCAAGAACAGUUACUCCAACAGAUUGACUUGGAUGGUUCUGAACUGUUGAAGGCUGGACAGGAGUUGGAAGAGAUUGAGAAAGAGAAAAAGUUGCUUUUGACGAAACUAAAAGGCUUAGAGGAGCAAGUAAAUCAGCUCCAAGAGGAUCUCCGUGUAAGAAGCAAUGAAUUGGCUGAAGGAAUGGAGUUGCAUGGAAAAUUACUCCAGCAAAUUGAAGCAAAAAACUCUGACUUACUAUCUGAGAAGAGCAAAAGGAGGAAUGUGAUUGCUGCUUAUAAGAAGCUAAAAUCUCAACAUGAUUUUCUUUGCAAAAAAUUAGGUCUUACUGCAGAGAAUAUGCUCUCCCAAAGCAGAAUAGAAGAUAGAGAUUCAUUAACGCAUAAUCAGAAUCCAGUGACUUCUCCUGAUAUUGAGAACAAAGUCAGAAAAACUUCUUCAAUUGCUUGCAAGUUGACGCAGCCAAAGGAAGGGCAAGAAAGCUCUGAAGAUGACAAAGGAUUCAGAUUAAUUCAAAGAUCGAGCUCUGUAUCUCCUUUUGGUUCCAGUUCCUCCACUGCAGAAAAACUCCCCACUAAUGUGAAAUCAUGCUCACCAGGUGGCACUAAGCGUCCUGUUCCUCAUUGGCGAGAUACCAGGUCCCAUCAGAUCCGAGGUGGCCCUGAUCCACAUGAUGAUUUCCUUGAUACUCCCUUGGAGAAUAUUAGGGGAAACAUAAAGAAAACCAUGAAGGAAGUAGUUCAUGAUCUUCCACAGCCAAAUCCAAAAGACAUGAAUUUUGACAACUCGGACGAUGAAACACAGGACAUGAAUGUUGAUCCUGGACCAGAAAAGAAGCAAAUACCACCUCCACAGCCUGGAAUAAGAGGUUUUAAGUACGUAGAACCUGUGAGGAAGAAAUCUGAUAGGGAAAAUUUGAAGGGAAUUGAAUGCAAGCAGUGCAAGAAAUUCUAUGAUGCAGUUCUUCCUGAUGGAGGUAAGGACAUUGAUGGUAAUAAGCAGAACUUACGCUGUGAGCAUCAUGACGGAGUUUCAAGGCAUCGGUAUAGGUAUGCACCUCCUUUGACUCCUGAAGGAUUUUGGAAUAUUGGAUUUGAAUCUGAAAUGUGACUUUCUUGAUUGAAGAGUAAUUUCAUUUUAACUUCAAUCAGAUAGAAGUUUUAAUUCAACUGGUUAUUGCUGUCUUCAAUGUAACCAAUGGGUUAACACAAAGGUAGAA